CAUAACUGAGAUAGCUCAUCCACACCACCCACCCACACAGCCUUCCAAAAGCCAUUGAAUUGCUUCCAAAGGAAUUCAGAUUCUCCAACCAUAAAUUCAAUUCACAGCUCCGGCGAAGGUACAUUACCCUUCACUCGUUCUUCCAAAGGAAUUCAGAUUCUCUUUCAAUUUCCCCUUUUGUUGUGUUUUUGUUUUCAGAACAAUGGCGGUGAAUUUCAACACCGGUUUUGUGUUUCUGAUGAUAACAAUGGCCGCCGCCGCCGCGGCCGGCUUUUCUGUUGUGGCGGCCGACUCGCCGAAGGAGAUCAUCGUGAAAACGGUGAAGGGGCAGAAGCUCUGCGACCAAGGCUGGGAGUGCAAAGGAUUGUCAAAAUACUGUUGCAACCAGACAAUCUCCGAUUUCUUCCAAACCUACCAAUUCGAGACUCUCUUCGAGAACAGGAAUUCUCCGGUGUCCCACGCCGUCGGUUUCUGGGACUACAGGUCUUUCAUCACCGCCGCCGCCACUUACCAGCCUCUCGGCUUCGGCACCACCGGCGGCAAGACCUUGCAGAUGAAGGAGGUCGCUGCUUUCCUCGGCCACGUCGGUGCCAAAACUUCCUGUGGUUAUGGGGUGGCAACUGGUGGACCAUUGGCAUGGGGUCUAUGCUACAAAAAAGAGAUGAGCCCUAGCCAGGAUUACUGCGAUGAGUAUUACAAAUACGAUUAUCCGUGCGCACCCGGAGCGCAGUACUACGGCCGUGGAGCUAUUCCGAUUUACUGGAACUAUAACUACGGAGCGAUUGGGGAAGCCCUGAAGGUGGAUUUGUUGAACCAUCCAGAAUACAUCGAGCAGAACGCCACCCUGGCUUUCCAGGCUGCCAUGUGGCGGUGGAUGACACCUGCCAAGAAAGGACAGCCUUCGGCACACGAUGCAUUUGUCGGAAACUGGAAACCCACGAAAAACGACACCUUGGCCAAACGGGUACCGGGUUUCGGAACCACAAUGAACAUUUUGUACAGCGAUAGUGUUUGUGGUCAAGGCGAUGUUGACUCGAUGAACGUGAUGAUAUCUCAUUACCAGCAUUACCUUGACUUGAUGGGUCUUAACCGAGAUGAGGCUGGGCCCCACGAAGUGCUCAACUGUGCCGAACAGGUUCCGUUCAAUCCAUCCUACAAAUCAUCUUCUUGAAACUACAUAGGAACCUUGUUUGUUGUAAUAAAAAAGGAGCAAAAGAUUUGCUUUUUAUUAUGCCCCUAGUUUUUGUGUGAUUAACAGUUAAGAGGGGUGAAAUGGUAAAUCUUAAUAUGUUGAAUCUAUGUUGAUCCUUUUUCUGUUGUGCAAGUUUUGAGAAGCCAAGUUCUUACUUGUUAGUAGCUUGUGUGUGUGUGUGUAUAUGGAGCUGUGAGAUUGUGUGUUCUAAUGUGGCUUUGUAAGUAUAUACUCGAAAGACCACCUUAUAUAUUCGACUAUUUUUACUUU